ACGCAGUGCUCCAUGCCCCAGGACAGAGCCCAGUGCUCCCUGCCUCAGCUGGGCUUAGGACAGAGGGCUCCAGGCUGGGAUGUCCCAGUGCUCCCAGCAGCCCUCAGCAUGGCUCCAGCAAGGCUGGGCAGCAGGGAGAGAGCCUGUUCAAGUAUUAUUGUUGUUGUUAUUCCCCAUAAAUAUAUGCAGGCACUUAAUGACCUUGGCAUGGAGCAUUUCCUGGGGAUUCAUGACCAGUUGGUGUUAAUGGUCUUUAGCUGCACCUCAGGCCAUCAGCUCCUCCCAGCCCAUCAUUAAUCCACAGGAAAUGUCUCGGGCAUCGAUCCUCAUUGCUUAAUUAAUAAAUGCAACUUGUCUCCUGCCUGAGAUUUAGAGAUACUCACUGCUUCUCUCCCUGCUGCUUUGAAGGUGACUUUUUUAGCACAGGUCCCUCACGCUGGGAGGCCCUUGUGGGAUUCUGUUUCCUGGCAUUCAUGUGGGUGUGGGCUGUGGCAGCAGGAAAGUCUUUUCUCUCCUGGGCGGGAGGGAAGGAACUGAGCUGCUGUUGGGUUUGGGGUUUCUCCAGCUAAUGUGGCACAGCACAAGGAGCACAUCAUUCCCACCAAACCCAAAGGCUUGAUUACCUUCAACCGAGUGCAUCCAAGAGCCUGGGCGAGACGUAGCGUGAGCCAGCGUGGAAGAACAUGGCAAUUCUCCAAGGCCUUAGCAGGUUCUGUAAUAAUCAAUGCUUUUUGCCCAUGAGUCACAAUUCAUCUCUAAUCUUCCUCGGGGGAGGUGGGAUUUGCUAUCUUUAGUGCUCACGACUGCCGCUUUCCUGGGCUGAGCAUCCCGCUGAGCCUGGACUCCUGCUGCAGGGAUGCUGACCUGGCAGCCACGUUUCAGUCCUGCUCCCUGUUCCUCUAGCCUUCACCACCAGCUGGCUUUGUGCAGUGGGUGCCGCAGUAUAAAUCAUGUUAAUUCCUGAGAUGCUUUUCCGCGACAGCUCCAAAAGGGUGCUCGGGCACUGGUGAGGGGAGAUUUGCCUGCUGGAGGAUGGGGUGCACAGGGCUGGGCUGUCUGGCAGCGCUGGCUGUGCUCUGCGGGGCUCUCGGGGAUGCUCCCAGCAGAGGCAUCAAAUGUGGGGGAGUACUUUCAGCACCCUCUGGCAAUUUCUCCAGCCCCAACUUCCCAGGGCUGUAUCCCUACGAGACAGAGUGCACGUGGCUCAUCGUGGUGGCCGAGGGCUCCUCCGUCCUGCUCUCCUUCAGCCACUUCGAGCUGGAGUACCACGACACCUGCGCCUACGACUACCUCCAGGUCUACAACGGGGCUGCCCGGGACCGGGGCAACCUCCUGGGCACCUUCUGUGGCCACAGCCCCCCGCCACCCUUCUCCUCUGCCUGGCACGUCAUGGCCGUGGUCUUCCGCUCCGACCGGCACGUGGCCAAGCACGGCUUCGCCGCCGCCUACAGGAAAGAUGCCUGUGGUGGGCAGCUGACGGGGCUCUCUGGGGAGAUCACCAGCCCCCGCUACCCCGAGAGUUACCCCAACGAUGCCGAGUGCCGCUGGAGCAUCGGGGGGGCCAGCGGUGGUGGCCCCCUCACCCUGGUGUUCGCUGACUUCCAGAUGGAGGGGGGCCAAGGCUGUGGCUUCGACUAUGUGUCCCUUUUUGAUGGCCCCACCGUCACUGCCCCCCACCUGGGACGUUACUGCGGCAGCGCCCGCCCGCCCCGCACCAUCUCCUCCACCCCACACCUCCUCAUCCUCUUCAAGUCGGACUUCAACAUCGGUGGCAGGGGCUUCAAGGCCCAUUUCUACUCGGGUGAGUGCCAGGAGGUGUUCACCACCAUCAAAGGGAAUUUCUCCAGCCCUCACUACCCCAACUUCUACCCCAACAACCUCAACUGCCAGUGGAGCAUCCAGCUGCCUCCGGGCUACCGGGUCAAGAUCUUCUUCCUGGACAUGGAGCUGGAGGGCCGGAGCAGCCUGACAGGGGGCUGUGACUAUGAUCACUUGUCUGCCUUUGAUGGUGGCACUGAGAAUGGAUCCCUGCUGGGGCGCUGGUGUGGGCGGGAGAGCCUGGCCCCCAUCACCUCCCGCAGCAACCAGCUGCUCCUGGUGCUCCACACCGACCGCAACACGGCCAAGAGGGGCUUCUCCAUCUCCUACGUGGGAGUUGUGCCCAUGAAUGUCAGCUGCACCCGGACAGACUUCCACAUCCAGAUCCCUGUGCAGUCCCUGGCCCCGCUGGAGAGGAAUAGGAUUUAUUUGGGGACCCCCUCCUGUGCAGCCCAGGUGGUUGGCAGGAACUUUAAAAUACACACCAGGUUUGACACCUGUGGCACUGAAUCCCAGAGACGCAACAGCACGUCUGUCAUCGUCAGCACCCUCUACAUUGAUUUUUCAGUGGGGGACCAGAAGGACAUCCACCAGUACGAGGUGCAGUGUGAGCCAAAGAGGAAGGAAGCCUCAGUGACCCUUAUUGCUGGCCCUGAUCCGUCCAGGCUGAGCCAGGCAGAAAACCUGGUGGAUGCCCAGCAGUGGGAGGGGGAAGCGAUCGAUGCCCGUGAAAUCAGGAGCCAGGACACCAGCGACAUCGUCUUCAUCAGCAUCUGCAUCCUGGCUGGGCUCCUCAUGGUCAUCGCAGUGGUGGGGCUGGUGCUUCUGUAGGGUGCUCCUUCCAGACUCCAGGGAUUGCAGUCCCAGUCCUGCCCGGGGCAGAAAGGCACCCCAAAAUCCAGCCUCACCCCAGGCUGAACCCUGACACAGCUCCCAGGCCCUGAAACUGAGCCUGAACCCAACCUCCACCUUCUCUUAGUGCCUGAAAAAUCUGGGCAAUAGGCAGCCGUUUCCCUUCCCAAUUUGUUUUCCUCUGUCUCAAUCUGUCCAUUUGGCUCAGGAAUGAAAUUCUUGUGCUCCCUAACUCUUCCCGCACCUGCUUCAAUUUGUUUUCCCUGUAGUGCUGCUGCUUUCAGGAAAGUAGCGUUGUUUGCCGAUGGCUGCAAAUCUUCCUGUCAAUUAUUUCUAGCUGAAUUCUUGGAGGUACAAACCAUCCCCAAAUGUAGCUAUAUUCCCAACAAAUGUUCUCUGUGCUCCUGGCCCUUGCUCGGGGGGGACUGUGGAGCUGUGUUACAGGGAUUCCACCUGGCACACACAGAUGUAGCUCAUGUAGGUGCUCCCAGGUGAUGUUUCUGGGUGUCUGUGGGUGAUGUGAUGAGAUGCAUUGCUGUGCCCUGGAGCUCCUUGUUUGAUCUUCACAUGUUGUCUCACCUUCUCGCAGAACUCACCUGAGUGCCUCAGCCACCAGCAGCUGGAGGGGAGGAGAACAAUCCUCUUCUCCUCUGUCUUUUCCUCCUUUCCAGCAUAUCCAGGUGUCCACAGCUAUGAACUCUCUACCAGCAUUACUCCUGAAGUUUGAAAAUAUGGGCAAAUCCUGCUAUGGCUUAGAGUGCAGAGAUUUUGGUAACUCUGUAAAGACAACUUUGGCAGGAGGAGCUGGCUCCCCUGGGACCUCAGUGACACCAGAUCUCCACUCGUGGUCCUUGCAGAAAGUGAGCACAGCACCUGAGACCAUGAAGAGUCCUGUGAUCAUCUACCCCUCCAGAAAACUGUGGAUCCUCGCCCUGAUGGAUGGCUGAAUGACCUCUGCCUGCCUCUGUGCCACCCCAGCACAAAGGACAUUCCCCUUCAGCACCAAGGAGGGGGUGGCUGUCACAGAGCAGCCUGUGUUCAUCUCUGUGGGUCACAGCCAGAGUGUGUCAAAGCCACACGAAAUCUUGCUGUGGAAAGAGGCCACCCCUCCUCCUCCAGCCUUUGUGAAACACACUGCAGUGCAGGGAGUGAGCUUAAAGUAUCCCAGUGUGGUCAUUUGGGGCACAGCAAUUCCCUCGUGCUGUUGAAUUCAGCAUUUACAGGAGAAUCCCAUCAGUGCAAGGUUGCCCUGACUGAUGUCCUGCUUCCCUCUGGGACAGUUCUGUUCAUCAGGGCAUCGGGGGAAGCAGCAGCAAAGGAAUAGGAUGAUGAUUGAGCAGCUUUUCCUCCUGGAUUGCACUGAGAGAGUGUCUGGGGAGGGAGGAAGGCACGGGGCUGCGCAUGCCUCUAACGAGGAGCCUUCGUUAUCGGAGCCCGGAUUGAUUUGGCGUUUGUUGGUGCAACACAUCGGCAAAUGCGAGAUUUCCGAGGGAAAUAUUUGCCAGCGCCGUUAAGCUCCAUUAAGGGAAUGUUUUGAGAGCCUGUUGUGUGCAGGGAUGGUAAACAAGGCCAGCCUCCCCCGCUGCCUGCAAAGCCUCGCUGCCGGUUAAUUGCUGGGUGUAGAACUGUCAGCUUGAGACCAUAGUUAGAAGAUUUGACAACUGAAAGAAACUUAAAGAUAUAAUUAACCUUCUUGGUGGCCCAGAUUUUGCUGGAACAGGUGAGCACUGCGGCUGCUCGUGCCUGGCAGGGAGCCCACAGCACCCAGCAGCAUCCAGCCCUUGCCUGCAGGACAGGCACUCCUCACCCAGCUGGAGCUCCAGAGCCCCGUGAUUUGCAGGGGGAAAGGCUUUUCUGGAUAGCUGUUGGUGUUGCAGUCAAAUAAGGAGUUGGACCUGGUCACACCAGGGAGGGUUUCCAGCUCUGGCUCCAGUUCACGACCCCCCAAGCAUCCCUGGGUGAAGUGCUCCCCCUGCACACACCCCUGUGGAUGCAGGACUGGUGCUGUGGGAGCAGCUCUGCUCCUGAGUCAAGGGGGUUCUCAGCAGCCCAAGGGCUGCAGGGUGUUAUCCAGGGAUCAUGGACAGGGUGAUUAAUGCAACUUGAAUGGCUCCAGAAGCCCUUUACCCGCUUGUUUCUGAUGGCAUUCACAGCUGCAUCUGCCACCAGCAGCGAGCCACUCAUCCAGUCAUCUCACCCGGAGCAAGGAAAGCCUCUGGUGCUCACCAAACACCAGCCCUCCUCAGCCUCCAGUCCUCUUCCACCACGUCUCAGCCUUGCCACUAGAUUUAGGCAUCCAGUCUCUCCCUGCCCUGCAGGAAUUUGCUCACUGGCAUCCCCUGUUAAACCAGGUGUUCCCUGACAUACUGCCCUGACUGAGCCCGGCAGGGGAGGGGGACUGCCCAGGUGAUUUUCUGAAACAAACCCUUCUUCUCAUGUAAAAGCUGCUCAGAUGAGUGCAGAUAUCAGGAAUCCAUCACCAGCACUCCUUUCCCUCCACCAUGCCUGUGGUCCUCAGUUCCCCUCCACAGAGUUUGCCCGGUGCUUCCCGAGCGAGCAGGAGAGCGGCAGGCAGAAGCAGUGCUCCCAUUGCUCAUCUGAUUAUUUAUUGAUGAUAAAUAAAUCCAUGAUGGCUGGAUUGAGCUGGGCUGGAUGCAGCCUCCCCGUUUCCUGGCUUUGCUUGUGGAUGUGGAGUCGUGUCUCUCUGGAGCAGACAAAGGCUUGGCUGUUGUGCAGGAGGGAGAGCCUCUGUUAUCCCUCUGCGAAUGUCUGCGUGCAAAUCCAGUGAAGAACUGUUGGAAAAUUGUAGAUCAUAGAAAGCAGGACUGCAAGAGCCCCCAGGGGAUCAAUUGGUUUAUUCCUCUCCUUCCCUAGGGAGAUCGCUCCUACUGGAGAGAAGCUGUGCUAAAAUAUCCGAAAAAUCCCAGCCAUGCUCUCUGUGUUUUUUCUGUUUACCAGGAAGGUUUUCCUGAUGUGUCACUCUGUGAGGGUGUGCUGCUGGGGAAUGUGCUUUUGUGCUGCUGCACUGGACAAGAGAAUGAUGGUGGAAGCGCCCCAAAAUUGGCACUGCUGCUGGCACAAGACCCUGCUCCCUCUGCCCAGAGACCCUGGGCACUGGGCAGGAUGGGGAAUCCCACUGGGGAGCCCAGCAAGCACAGGGUAUUUAUUCUGUGCAAUGUUUUCUGUGGUGACACCCAUGGUCCUCCAUGGAUGGACCUUCCCCCAUUGCUCUGCUCAGAGGGUUUAUUUGUGUCUUUUCAGUUUUUACUCUCUAAUCCCAGUCAGGGAAUUGGGUGCUUAUGAUGCCCAGGGAGCUGAGCCCAUGAAGAUGCUGGUGGUGUGCAUCCUCUGCAUCCCCUCCUCAAACAUUUUUGGGUAAUUUAACAGGGACAAGCACAAGGGCAGUUCAUGGGCUGGAGCAGGGGCAGGUUUGCUGCUCCUCAGGGUGGUUUUCUUGGGGGUUAGUGUGUAAGGCCAGGAGGCCACCAGCAACUUUUGCCAUUGAGCCAGCCACGAGCUUGGCACAGAUGGGUCAGUGGCUGUGAUUUUGUGCUGGGAAGGAUGGAGCUCACAGGAACCUACUGAAGACCCUGGCCAGAGUGACACAGAGCCUGCCACGAGGGAUCCAGGUACAUGCUGGAGACUGUGGCCAUGGUGGCACAGAUGAGGAAGCAGUAGUCAGGCAGCCCAGCCAUCUGGGAAAACAUAAUGGCUCAAGCAUAUGGACAAUUAAAAAUGCAAUGACGGCAUUUACCAGGAGCUGUUUUCCAAGCUUAUUUUAAGCCCAGUUUCCUGAUCAUCACAGCCCCAGGGACAGCGAGGGCCCUGCUCGUGGGGAUUUUGGAGUGUGGAGGCUGAGUGCUCCAUGAUGGGUGGGAGAGUUCACAGCUGGAUUUUGAGCUUACAGUCAUGUCUUUGUGGCAGCUUUGAGGAUAACAGAUUUGAUCCUGCCUUCUCCCUCUGGCUGCCUCUGCAUGUUGCAGCCCUCCUCCUCCUCUUCCCUCUAUCUGGGACAGGAGUGCAGUGUUUGCAAUGUGAACAUUCCAGCUCAGGCAAAAUAUUGGCCACAGCAGAAAUUAUUUUGGCUUUUGUGUUUUUCUUGCCAUUGGGGCUGGCUGUGCUAGAGGAACAGUGUUUGUCCAUUAUAGGAGCACCCUUUAUAACAAGAUAACUGCUUGCUAGAUAAUAAUAUAUAAUUAGCAAGGAUCAUUCCAUAAUCUAGUUUAAUUGACAGAGACCAUGGAUGUUGUUCAGGGGACUGCCAGCACAAGAAUUGGAGCAUCAUUAAUUGCAGUGUAAUCCUGGCAUGGGCUUCCUUUUUUUUUUUUUUUUUGCUUACUGUGACGUAUCAGAGUUCCUUUGUGCCUCAGUUUCCCCUCCUGUGAGGGGCCACCUUCACCCACCUGAAUAUUGCCGUGCCCUGCAUGGAGGAACGAGGCUUUGCUGGUGGUCAGCUGGGCUGGGGAAUUCCCUCAUGUGUUUCCCUCCCUCUUUUCUGCUUCCCUCUGUCCCUCCACUUCUCCAGCCCCCUCCAUGACAUAUCCUUAAAGUUCCUGGAGUGUUCUUUGGGCUCCAAGGAUUUCUGUGCCUGCUCCUUGCCUUCAUGUCUCUUAAUCCAGGGCCAGUUUAGCCAACCCUUCAUAUUACAGGGCUGCCAGGGAAGCAAAUGAGAUCUAAAAGUUUGGGUUCUUUGUGAAGAAACCUUUGAAGAGCCUCUUGAAAGAUAAAAACUGGUGAGCUGCUGAGCUCUCUCUUUUCCAAAGAACAGGGAGGGUCUUGUCUACUCCCAUCUUCUUUCACCCAAGUAAUUUGCAGCAGGACAAAGCUCUCCUGAGCUGUGCCUGCUGAUGGGGAACUGAGCAAGCUGUCACCUACUGCCUUCUCAAAUUUGCUCUUCAAAGCCAGGGUCAGAAGUCAGCUCUGGCAGGAAUGAAUUCCCUCUUCCAUCCCUCCUGGGGCUGCCCUGAACCCAGGCUGUAUUCCCCAAGCAUAGGGAGGGGGAGCAGGGGGUGACACCUCCAGAAGGUGCUUCCCUCCUCUCUUUGCUGGGUGUAGCAAGUCUCUAGAGGUCUGCCAGCUUUAUUUAUCCUUUGCUGAAAGGAAUCUGUGGGGUGGGCUUAAUCUGGAAGAAAAAAGGGAAAAAUAAGAACUUUUCUCUAGAUUGGUGCCUCCCUCAAUUAACAUUUCCCCUGUUAAAAGGGAACCAGCGAUUUCAGUCUCCAUGCCAGAGAAACUGAGCACAGGGGAGCCACUGCUCAGCCCUUCCAUCCUCCCUUUUCAUCUAGAAGGGUUUCCCCAGCAUCAAGACUGGGCUGCACCACCCAUGGCAGGGAAGGAAGAGCCAAGGAGCAGCCAACUGAUUCAGCAGGUAACCCAAGCCAUAAAUUACACAGAGUGCAGGUAAGGCUGCUCCAUGGAGGGAAUCUGGUUUUUAUAGACUAAUUAAAAACUUCAUUAGUGCCAAGUAUCAAGUAUCCUGUUGUCACAUUCAGCAUCACCCUUUGGGAGAACAAAGCCCUUUUUGGCCUAUUACUUUCCCAUCUCUGUUUCUGUUUUCUUUCCCCACCUUACGUUAUGUUUUUGUCCUUAAAGCGUUCCCUGGUUCCCUGAAUUCCUCCUCCUGUGGGUCUUGAGUCCAACUCUCCAGACUCUUUUCCAGUUCCUCCAGUCGGUUUUACACAAAGCUGAGUCUGUGAAUCCUCAGCCCAAAUGUUACUGUCAGCCUUAACAUCAAGAUAAAAGAACUGGACCCAGAGCUUUACUCUUGGGUUCCCUUAAAACAAGUUGGGCAAAAAACAUCAACCAUUAAAUAGAGGAAAUUUAUAGGAGAGUUUUCUGCUUAUAUGCAGCA